AUGACGCGGGCUCAAGUUGGUCUGGCGGCAGCGCUGCUGGCACUGUUGGCACUGAGCGGUUCAGUCGUGGGCUUUAGCGAGCAGGUGCAUCGGGGUUAUCUGGCACAUAGCUGGGCAGCCUACUGUCCGCCAGAACAGCUGGCCAACUGGUCCUGCUACUGGUGCCAAGACAACGGCACAAGACUCGUGGAUACUGUGUAUGACAACCGGAGUCGACUCUACGGCUAUGUGGCAUACAAUCCCAUCAAUUCCACCAUUAUCGUUAGCUUCCGCGGUAGCUCCAACGUGGCCAACUGGCUCUACGAUUUUGACACGAUUCGCGUGACUUUGAACGACACGGAUGUUCAUUUGCACGCAGGAUUUUAUGCAGCCUGGACGGGCGUUCGUGGUCAAGUCAAUUCCAUGGUGGCUCACGUGGUCAUGACUCUCUGCCCCACUUGCAAUCGCAUUAUAAACGUCGGACACUCCCUAGGCGCUGCAGUGGCUGGUCUCUCCUCGCUGGAGCUUGCCGUGGCACUUCCACACUGUCAGUCGGAAUUGCAUACCUUUGGCAUGCCCCGCACGGGCGACGUCAACUAUGUCGCCAUGGCACGCCGCAUGCUCUCCAACAUCACCCGCAUGGUUCAUCAAGCUGACAUUGUACCUCACCUUCCUCCCCAAGAGUUUGGCUUUGCCCACCUGCCUGCUGAGGUGUGGAACUUGAGCAACAACACCGCAGGUAUCCCGCAAAAAUAUGUUCUUUGUGAUGGGAGCGGUGAAGACCCUGGCUGCUCCGACUCGGUACCUUUCUGGGACUGGAGCGCCUCCAACCACGACACCUACAUGGGUCUACCCGAUUCCCAAUGUAACUACGUCCACGCCACUCACCAAGCGGAGCUUGAAGCACUCAAACGCUCCAUGGCUUGA